CGCACUCACACGAGGAGGACGUGUUAACUCUUGGUCCUUCAAGAAACUUCACAGCUUCGAAGACAGUCCGGUAUCGACAGAGAAGGAUUUUAUUUUAUAAAAUUCUAAAGUGUUUCGACCCCCGCGGAAAAUCCCAUUUUUUGAGACACAAGAUGUUGCUGGGAGUGGCCAUUCUAGCGACGGCGAUCGUCCCCUUCCUCCCAGCGGCACGGGCGGAGGCAAACGUGGGCGUCCCCAUCUACACGCCCGCACUGACCGCCUUGCCACCGACUCUGGGCGUGUUGCAGGAAGCGAUCCAGCACGAGGCCCGUCACUUCAGCACCGUGGAUAUCUGUGGCGAGGCCGUUUGUGACCAGAUGGUGAGGCAGGCGAACGGACUUGCGAGACUCAAGACCAUCAGGAGAUAUAUCGUGGAAGCUGUCAGCAUGGUGGACAGCCUGGUGACCGCGCUGGACGCAGAGCUGGUGGUCGCCGGGGAGACGAUGACCAGGGCGCUGGGAAACAGGUGUCGCGCCGCCCACGCUGUUCUGAACGAGGUCACAAAGGGCCCCGCCGAGAAGGACCGUCUGAACGGCAGGAGCAGCGCCUUCAUCUACGGCCAAGACGUCUUCUCUCGCCGCUCCUGAAGAUCCCCGAGGAGAGAUAUCCUGAGGAACCACGUGUAUGACCAUAACAAAAACAAACAGUCAAAUGAAAACAUGUAUUUAUAUGAUCUUAUCGAGGCACCUUUUUUUUAUUUUCUUGUGAGAUUGCUUUUUUUAUUUGAUGCAUUUUUACUGUUUUUUUUCUGAUGAAUGCGUAAUUGCAUGUAGGGGUUAAGAAUUACCUGCUGGGAGAUGGGUCUGAGUGUCAUUGAGUCCCGGAUUUGAGUAGCUAGGUUACUAAGGGUAGAAAAACUACAGUGCCUUUAUUUGCCAGUCUUUUUUUAUGUCCUUUUUUAUCUUUUAUUAUUUUUAUACUGCUUUUUCCUUUUUCUCUCUGUCUUUCCCUUUUGAAAGUCUGUUUGUCUAUAUUUUGUUUCUGGAUGUCUCCUUCCCC